AUGGGCGGCGUCCUUAGUAGCGGUGUUCCCAAGGAGAAGUAUGAGGCGGCGGAGAAGGAGCUGAGAGACAGAGAUGCGGCCAUCGCGAGCAAGACCCAGGAGCUCGCCGACAAGCAGAAGGAACUUGCUGAGACCAGAGACCAAGCUUCCAAGGCUCAAAAGGACGUCGACGAGCUUGCCAAGAAAGUGCAGGAGCUGGAGAGCCAACAAGCGCAACUACAGAAGGAGAGAGAUGAUGCUGCUCAGAAGUUGCAACAGGCGGCACUGGAUGGCGAACAACAGCGAAAAGCGCUCGAGCGCGUCUCUCAAUCCGUCACACAGGAGCGUGAUCAGGCCCGAGCUCAAUUGAGGGAUGCACAGGACCAGCUGGCUGGCAUCCAGACCAACACUCAGAAGCUCGAGGACGAGCUGGAGGCGACCAAGCAACAGCUCGCCAACGCUCAAAAAGCGCGGGAGGACCUGGAGAGGUCUCUCAAGGAGGAGUUGGAGACUGCCCAGAAGCAACUCGGAGAGUGGGACACCAAAUACAAGACGGUGCAAGACGAGCGCUCCGAGCUUCAGGAGGAAUUGGGCAAGUCCAAGCAGGAAGCUGAGUCUGCUCGCACUGCAGCUCAAGACGCCGACAGCAAGCUUCAGGCUGCCCACACGGAGCUUGACGAGUCGCGGCAGAGCCUUACAGCCCUGCUGCAAGACCACGAGAACCUGAAGAAGGACUCUGCAGAAAAGAUUGAGACUGCUCAAGCAGAGCUUGCCACUACUCAGAGCAAGGUUCAGGAGCUCGAGGCCGCUCGUGAGGAGCUGACCAAGGCGUCUGCCGAGGGUCGUGUCGUACUGUCCCAGCUCGAGGAGACCAAGUCAAAGCUCGCUACUCUUGAGAAGGAGCAUGACGACCUCAAGUCCAGCACCGAUGCCAUCAUCUCAAAAUCCCAGUCGGAUCUCGACAAGGCACGCCAAGACCACGCGGCGCUCCAAGUCUCGCAUAACAAGCUUUUCGAGGAGCUGUCCGUGUUUAAGAAGCAUGCCGCAGAGUCCGACGAGAAGAUCAGAUCGCUUGAGACGGCUCACGCUAAAGAGCUCGAAGAGGUGAAGAACCAGGCGACCGGCUCUGAUGACAAGAUCAAGUCGCUCGAGACUGCGCACGCCGAGGAGAUCGAGAAGCAAACCGCUGCGUCGGAAGAGAAGAUCAAAUCACUUGAGGCUGCUUACGCUAAGGAGCUUGAAGAGGCGAAGAACCUAGCGACCGGCUCCGAUGACAAGAUCAAGUCGCUCGAGACUGCGCACGCCGAGGAGAUUGAGAAACACGCUGCUGCGUCGGAAGAGAAGAUCAAGUCACUCGAGGCUGCUCACGCGAAAGAGAUUGAAGAUGCAAAGAAGCAAGCGGCCGCAUCUGAGGAGGAGAUCAAGUCUCUCGAGACUGCGCAUGCCGAGGAGAUCAAGAAGCAAACCGCUGAGUCGGCAGACAAGCUCAAGUCACUUGAGGCUGCGCAUGCCGAAGAAGUCGAGAAGCUCCGAGCCAACACUGCCCAGCUCGAGGAAGAGGCAACAAAUGCAAAGGAGAGUGCAGAACAGGCGGAAGCUGUAAGUCAUGGACUAACCACUUCUCUUCUUGAACCAUUGCUAAUCAUUCCUCAGGCCAAGUCGGAACUGCAGAGCAAGCUCGACAAGAUCACCUCCGACCUUGCGAGCGCCCGAGAGGAGAAGGAAGCAGCCCUGCAGAAGGCGGCCAACUUCGACGAGACCACCAAGAAGCUCGAAGCAGCACAGCAAGAACUUGAUAAGGUCAACAAGAAGCUCGACGAGCUGGCCAACGUCGGCGCCGCUCCCACGGAGGCUCUCGCCGUCACCGAAGAGAAGGCACCCGCGGAGGUCGCUGCCGCCGCAUAG